AUGAACACCAUGCAAGUUGCCGCAAGCAAUCCUGGGAUUUGUGCCAGGAAAAAGUAUCAGCCACACCAUUUUCUUUCUACACCACAUGGAUUGUCAAUGAAUGCCAAUCCUCUCUCUAGGACCUUCCUGAUCCCAAAAGCAAAAUAUUCAUCUGGCUUACAAUGUGUGCCUGUUUUAAAAUCUCGGAAACCGCUCCAUGUUUGUUUAGCUGGUGGGAAAGGGAUGAUGGACAAUAGUGAGGAUUCCCAACAGAAAGCUCUUGAGGAAGCUAUGAAAAAUUUACAAGAAAAAAUCCGAAAGGGAGAAUACAGUGGGGGAAGUGGGUCCAAGCCACCCGGUGGACGAAGUGGUGGAGGCGGUGGCGGCUCUGGUGAACCAGAGGAUGGAAUGUCGGAUGAGGCCCUUCAAAUUGUUUUUGCAACAAUUGGCUUUAUAUUUGUGUAUAUCUAUGUCAUCAACGGUGUGGAACUUUGUAAGCUAGCUAGGGAUUUCAUCAAGUAUCUGCUUGGAGGAACUCAAAGUGUUCGAUUAAAGCGAGCAUCAUACAAAUGGGCGCGACUUUAUAAGAAGAUUACCGGGCAAAAGGAAGUCGACGAGAAUGGGUUGGAAAAUGCUCGAACUCGAUGGAACAUUGCCGAUUUCUACCGAGAUGUUGUUAGGAAUUACUUGAAACGGGAUUCAAAUGAGUAG